GAAGUGAGGAGGAAGCACAUUCGCCUGCACAUGGAAAGCGCGCUGACCGCCAGGGACAGGGUCGGGGUGCAGGAUUUUGUGCUGUUGGACGCCUACACCAGCGAAUCUGCUUUUCUGGACAAUCUUCGCAAGCGUUUCAGCGAGAACCUCAUCUAUACCUAUAUUGGGACCCUCCUUGUGUCUGUGAAUCCAUACCAGGAGCUUGGAAUCUACACUGUGAGCCAGAUGGAACUUUAUCAAGGGGUCAAUUUCUUUGAACUGCCACCACAUGUCUAUGCCAUAGCUGACAACGCUUACCGCAUGAUGUGUUCUGAGCUAAAUAACCACUUCAUCCUAAUUUCUGGAGAGAGUGGUGCAGGGAAAACAGAGGCCUCCAAGAAGAUUCUCCAGUAUUUUGCUGUGACCUGCCCAAUGACUGAGUCACUACAAAUAGCCCGUGACAGACUAUUGCUCUCCAACCCAGUGCUGGAGGCUUUUGGAAAUGCCAAAACACUCCGGAAUGACAACUCCAGCAGAUUUGGAAAAUACAUGGACAUACAGUUUGACUAUAAGGGCAUUCCAGUAGGCGGGCAUAUCAUCAGUUACCUGAUAGAAAAGUCUCGAGUCGUCUAUCAAAACCAGGGGGAGAGGAACUUCCACAUCUUCUACCAGCUGCUGGAGGGUGGCGAAGAGGAGCUCCUUGCUUAUCUGGGACUGGAGCGGGACCCCCAGCUGUAUAAAUACCUCUCACAGGGUCAUUGUGCCAAAGAGUCCUCUAUCAAUGACAAGAACGACUGGAAAACCGUUUCCAGUGCUUUUUCUGUCAUCGAUUUUACUGAAGGUGACCUUGAGAAUCUCUUUGGAAUUAUUGCCAGUGUCUUACACCUGGGGAACAUUUGUUUUGAAGAGAACGACCAAGGCUGUGCCACCAUACCAGAUAUCCAUGAGAUCAAAUGGAUCGCCAAGCUUCUGGGGGUCCAACCAUCAAUCCUUCUGGAAGCUCUCACCCAUAGAAAGAUUGAAGCCAAAACUGAGGAGGUAAUAUGCCCAUUGACACUGGAACUCUCUGUCUAUGCUAGAGAUGCAAUGGCAAAGGCCGUUUAUGGACGAACAUUUACUUGGCUGGUCAACAAAAUCAAUUCCUCCUUAGUGAACAAGGAUUUCACCGGGAAAACCGUGAUUGGAUUGCUGGAUAUCUAUGGGUUUGAGGUCUUCGACAAGAAUGGUUUUGAGCAGUUCUGCAUCAAUUACUGCAAUGAGAAACUCCAGCAACUGUUAAUAGAGAGAACCCUAAAAGCGGAACAAGCAGAAUAUGAAAUGGAAGGCAUAGAGUGGGAACCAAUUCAGUAUUUCAACAACAAGAUCAUCUGUGAUUUGGUGGAAGAGAGACACAAAGGAAUCAUUUCCAUUCUGGAUGAAGAAUGUAUCCGUCCUGGUCCUGCUACAGACUUGAGUUUCCUGGAGAAAUUGGAAGAGAAAGUAGGCAAACAUGCACACUUCCAAACCCGGAAGCUGGCAGGGCCCAAGGGCCGGAAGAGGAUUGGCUGGAUGGAGUUUCGGCUUUUCCACUACGCGGGAGAGGUCACCUACUGCACCAAAGGAUUCUUAGAAAAAAACAAUGAUCUCCUCUACAGACAUCUGAAAGAAGUGCUAUGCAGGUCCAAAAACCGUAUCCUAAAGGAAUGCUUCCUAGUGGCUGAGUUAGAAAACCGGAGGAGGCCGCCAACGGUGGGGACUCAGUUUAAAAACAGCCUGAGCAGCCUUCUGGAAAUCCUCAUCUCUAAGGAACCUUCAUACAUCCGUUGCAUCAAACCCAAUGAGAGGAAAGAACCCAACAAGUUUGAUGACUUGCUCGUAAGGCAUCAGAUCAAGUACCUGGGGCUGAUGGAGCAUCUGCGGGUGAGACGGGCCGGCUUUGCAUACCGGCGGAAAUACGAGCAUUUCUUGCAAAGGUACAAGUCUCUGUGCCCAGACACCUGGCCAUACUGGCAUGGGCCUCCAGCAGAGGGCGUAGAACGGCUGAUCAAGUACAUUGGCUACACACCGGAAGAGUACAAGUUAGGGAGAACCAAAAUAUUUAUUCGUUUCCCCAGAACUCUGUUUGCUACUGAAGAUGCCUUUGAAUUUAGUAAACAUCAAUUAGUUGCGAGGAUCCAAGCCACAUACAAAGCCUGCCUAGAAAGGAGAGUGUAUGUGAAAAAAAGACAAGCAGCCAUCAGACUUGAAGCCCACUGGCGUGGGGCCCUGGCUCGGAAGGUGGCCAAAAGGAGAAAGUGGGCUGUGCGGACCGUGAGAAAGUUCAUAAAGGGAUUCAUCAACCGCAACAAGCCCCUCUGCCCUGACAAUGAGGAGUUUAUCGUGUUCGUGCGUAAGAAUUACAUCUUGAAUCUUCGCUACCAUGUCCCAAAGAAUGUCUUGGACAAGAGCUGGCUGAGGCCUCCUGGCAUCUUGGAAAAUGCAUCGGACCUGCUCAGGAAAAUGUGCAUAAGGAACCUGGUCCGGAAGUACUGUCGCGGGAUCACAGCCGAGAGGAAAGCACUGAUGCAGCAAAAGGUGGUUACAAGUGAACUCUUCAGGGGAAAGAAAGAAGGUUAUGCAGAAGUCUUAAACCAGCCCUUUGCCAACAGUCGGAUUGACGAAGGAGACAUUAAUCCCAAAGUGCUUCAACUCAUUAGCAAUGAGAAAAUCCAGUAUGGCAUCCCAGUCAUCAAAUAUGACAGGAAAGGGUUCAAGGCCCGGCAGCGCCAACUCCUCCUUACUCAGAAUGCAGCUUAUGUGGUGGAGCUUGCCAAAAUCAAGCAGAAAAUGGAAUACUCAACACUCAAAGGUGUCUCUACUAGCAGUCUCAGCGAUGGAAUCUUAGUCAUUCAUGUUUCGCCGGAGGACCACAAACAAAAGGGGGAUGCCAUCCUCCAGUGUCAACACAUCUUCGAAGCAGUCACGAAGCUCGUCAUGCUGGUGAAGAGGGGGAACAUUGUAGAUGUUGUCCAGGGAAGUUUACAGUUUUAUAUCGGUCCUGGAAAAGAAGGCACAAUAGUUUUCGACACAGGACCAGAAGAACAAAUCUAUAAAAAUAAAAACGGACAGUUAACCGUGGUGUCGGUCGGCAUGAAGUCCUCCUGACCUCUCCCAUGGCCGUCUCUGCUCCAGCUGAGGAAAGCCCCCAGGAAGCGAGAGGCUGUCCAGGUAGCUACACCUUCAAGGGAAGUUCCCAGCAGCUCUAGGAAAAGGAGCACACCUGAAGAAACUGAGUGGCAUAUGCCACUUCCUGGCUCUUGGCUGCCCUGGAGCACUAUAUGAGAAGGUCCUGUUCAGGCGCCCAACCUCACGUCACCUGCGGGGAUGGGUCUGUGUCCCGACCAGGUCCUUCACUCAACGGGGACUUGAACAAGUCAUUAUAGGCUGGGCAACAGAUCCUCUACCUUUGUCAAGCUGGCACCGAAGAACAAUUAAGGAGUAUAUACAGUCUGAGAGGGAUCCCAUACAAUUUGAUAAAGCUGCAAAUUUUGAAUUUUGUUUUAAUUAAAUGGAACUGAGACACUUUGGGUUCUAGAAUGGGGAGCUGUAGUGGAAAUGUUAAGGUCUUAGGUGUGUUUCCAUCUCCCCAGGCCCUGCCUCCCUCCCUCAUAUUAAGGCGGUAGCAACUCCAGCUGAUUCACUCUGCUUUCCACCUAAGAUUUCCUUGCAGUGAUUAAAUCCAAACACUACAGAAUAAUGACCUCCACCUUCCCCAGCAACAUCAAGGCAAUGAAGCAGAACAAAUGGAGGACAGAUGCCAUCCUCUUUGCCAUGAACCCCCAUCGCACUGGCUGGAUUGUGCUAGGUUUCUGAAAAGACCCAGAAAACAUUUAAACAGAAGCAUUAUAUGUAACUUUUAUUUUACACGUCCACAAAUGCUUGUACAACAUACAGUGACUACUUCUAACGUUUAUAGCAUUUUUUUCCAUAGCACAAAAAGAAAGGUUAGUGACACACAGGUGUGCUACAGUGAUGCUGGGUGGAGCCCUCAGGAGCCCACUUUGCAGAGGAGGGCUGAGUGUUGUUGACAUUUGGGUCCUGAGCACCUGCUGGGAGGUGCAGGCGAUCCCACCGAAGCAAAGGGUGGGGUCCCUGCACCUCAGCCAGGCAGCUCAUCUGCAACCUAUCAUAGGGGGGGAGGGGACGACGAUAGAAGAGGCUACUCCAGGAUUGUCUUGGGCACAGGCCCCCAGUCACCACAA